UCAUCUGUCUUUUUUUUUUUUUGGUUUUUGGUUUUUUUUUUCUCUUCUUUCGAAGAUUUCACACUGAAAAGGGAGUCUUCCUUUGACCAUUAUACUUCUCCUUCUUCCCUUCUUCCUCAUCUCCUGCCUCAUACUUUCCUAUAUCAUAUAAUUUAAUGAAUGACUGAAUGAAGACGACGACGAAGAAGAAGCAGAAGCAGAAGGACCAAGACGAAGAAUCCCAGUGUCUGCCCCGAGUAAGCGGUCAAUUCAUUCCGGAUCAUGGGGCUAUGCCUCUCCACCACAAGGGUCAGCGGCUCCAGCAGCAACGCCGCCGCCGCCGCAGCCAUGAGGCAGGGCGCCUCCGAUCAGAACCACAACAACAACAAGCCCAAUGGGGCACAGGAUGGGAAGAAAGACAGAGGCCGCAGGAAAAAGCAGAGCAGCGGGGGCGUCAUCCCCUGCGGCAAGAAGACGGACUUUGGUUACGCCAAGGACUUUGACCGGCGCUACACCAUCGGGAAGCUCCUCGGGCACGGCCAGUUCGGGUACACCUACGUUGCCACCGACAGGACCACCGGGGAUCGGGUCGCUGUUAAGCGAAUUGAGAAGAACAAGAUGGUUCUUCCUGUAGCUGUCGAGGAUGUCAAGCGGGAGGUUAAGAUAUUGCAAGCCUUAACAGGCCACGAGAAUGUUGUCCAAUUCCACAACGCAUUCGAGGAUGAAUCUUAUGUGUUCAUUGUUAUGGAAUUGUGCGAGGGUGGUGAGUUGCUUGACCGAAUAUUGGCAAAGAAUUCAUACUCUGGCUUUCUUCUAAGCAGAAAGGACAGUCGUUACACUGAGAAAGACGCAGCAGUAGUUGUGCGUCAGAUGCUCAAAGUUGCAGCUGAGUGCCAUUUGCAUGGUCUGGUGCACCGCGACAUGAAACCUGAGAAUUUUCUCUUUAAAUCAAAGAAGGAGAACUCGCCCCUCAAGGCCACGGAUUUUGGUCUGUCCGACUUCAUAAGGCCAGGGAGGAAGUUCCAAGAUAUUGUCGGUAGCGCAUACUAUGUCGCUCCCGAAGUGUUGAAACGCAAAUCAGGACCUGAAUCGGAUGUGUGGAGUAUUGGUGUGAUAACUUAUAUUUUACUCUGCGGGCGACGUCCAUUCUGGGAUAAGACCGAAGAUGGUAUAUUCAAGGAGGUCUUAAGAAAGAAACCGGAUUUCCGCCGCAAACCAUGGCCCACCAUAAGCGAAAGUGCCAAAGAUUUUGUGAAGAAAUUACUGGUCAAGGAUCCCCGGGCAAGACUGACUGCUGCUCAGGCCCUCUCUCAUCCUUGGGUCCGAGAAGGAGGAGACGCAUCGGAGAUACCGAUAGACAUAUCUGUUCUCCACAAUAUGAGGCAGUUUGUAAAGUACAACCGCUUUAAACAAUUUGCUUUGAGGGCACUUGCGAGCACUCUUGACGAAGAUGAAUUGGCCGAUCUCAAGGAUCAGUUUGAUGCUAUUGAUGUGGACAAAAAUGGUUACAUCAGUCUAGAGGAAAUGAAACAGGCCCUAGCUAAGGAUCUCCCCUGGAAGUUGAAAGAAUCCCGUGUCUUAGAAAUUCUCCAGGCGAUUGAUACGAACACAGACGGGUCGGUGGAUUUCCACGAGUUUGUUGCCGCCACUUUACACGUGCAUCAACUAGAGGAACACAACUCCGAGAAGUGGUUCCAGCGAUCACAAGUUGCAUUUGAGAAGUUUGACAUUGAUAAAGAUGGCUUUAUAACUCCAGAGGAGCUUAGAAUGCAUACUGGAUUAAGAGGUUCAAUCGAUCCCCUUCUCGAGGAGGCUGAUAUCGACAUGGAUGGAAGAAUAAGCUUAUCGGAAUUCCGGAGACUGCUAAGGACUGCAAGCAUGAGCUCAAAGUUUAUGACAUAGCAUGCUGAACUAACCAGCUCUCAUGGUAGAGAAUGCAGACUCGUUACAGAGAUCCGCUGUGUGAAGUCAGGGGAAGUUUUUUUUACUUCAAAAAUGUUUUCAAGCUCGACUUCUCCCGGUUGCUGCCCCUCUUUUUCAUUUUCUCCAUCAUUUCUCUCAAAGAAAUGUUGGUGACUGAAAGAUUGUGCAUUGCAAAGACAUCUACCGAAUUUUUUCCAAUUACGUCAGUAUUUAGUAUGCCAUAGGAUUGUGAAUAUGUAUGUCUAGCCACAUGUACUUUUGAAAGUUCAUAUGUAUAGUUGUGUCCGUGAGUGAGCUCUAGGUGUUGAUGGUUACUAAAAUUAGUUCACAAAAUGUCCGCUUAUAGUGAGAGUUCGGGAUUUCUUGGGCGCGCCUCAAAUUGGAAGUUUGUUACGAUAAAUAUAUUACCUGGUGGAAGCUAUGGUCAUAUUUCCUUCGCAA